AAACCAGCAAAGGACCCCUCCAUCAUCAACCAACCAUGAAAGCAACAAGAGGACAAGCUGAGCGUGCUGAGAAAGCAACCGGCGAGAUCUAUGCUGCCCUAAACGACUUCACCGACGCGAUCGAAGCAUUACCGGCCGAGAUCGUCAGGAAUUUUACGCUGUUACGCGAGGUGGACGCGAAGUUUGCGACGUUGCAGACUGCGAUAUCACAGAAGAUUACGCACUUCCUUUCGUUACCGCUUUCGCAUCCAUGGCGCGUCGCUCUCCUCGGCCAGAUUCGGGGGCUGUUGCUUGAGGCUUUGCCGUGUGCGGAUGAGAAGGUGUCGGUUGCGUCGGCGUGCGCUGAUGCUGUUGAGAAGCACUUGCUUCGGAUCGAAGACGACUACGCCAGAAUCGAGGAUGAGAUCGUGCCGGUGAGGGAGGCGGGAAUUGACCCAGCUACACUACAACGUGCAAAGACCGUGGAAGAGAAGAGACAGGAAAGAGAAGGCAGACUCGGCGGAGUCAAAAAGCAGGGAAUAGUCGAAGAAGGAACACCAUCCAAAAAACGGAAACUCGCAAAAGAAACAUCCGCACUCGCGGCCGCCGUCUCCAGCCCCCGUCCAACAAUCGCAAAACCCCACACCUCCUCCACUACAAAACCCGUCACCACCAAACCCCGCCCGAACGCCUCCCACACCUCCUCCAACUCCCAACAUCAUUCCAGCCACGCACGCUCCCCUUCCCCCACCACAACCCUAACAACCAUCCCCCCCAACGCCAUCGACCCUGACGAACCUGUCUACUGCUACUGCCAACGCAUCUCCUUUGGCGAAAUGAUCUGCUGCGAUAACGAAGGCUGCGAUAAAGAGUGGUUUCAUCUGGAGUGUGUGGGGUUGGAGGAGAGUCCGAAGGGGAAGUGGUAUUGUAGGGAUUGUUUGGAGUUGGCGGAGAAGAGUGCGAGGAGUAAGCCUGGGGCUAAUGGGAGGAGAAGGGGGAGGAGAAACUGACAGAAAAGCGAAUAAUAGAGGUGGAGGGUGUGUGUGGGAUAAUUUGGGAUUGGGUACGGUAUGGAGUUAUUCCGCUUGGUAUUGGUAUUGCAAAUCGGAUUGUUGCCUAGGCACUUGCAAUUGGUAUAUGUAAUCAUCCUCUCUACUUCCCUCCCCUUCCUUCGUCUACGUCGAACCUUCCUAAGCAUCAACCUCCAUCGCACUA